CUUAUCAAUCAGUUCACACAAAACUACUUUCAUAUAAAAACUAAUAACAAUAACACGGUAUCAAGAUGACAGACUUUAGCAUCAUAAAGUUCAACAACUACCAGGAGUAUCUGCACUCCUUCACCACCGUCCAGGACUUUCGCUACUUGCCUUGUCACAAGACUGUCAAAACACUCACAAAACUAGGAUAUCGCGAACACAGAAGUUUCUAUGAGGAGGACGAGUUCUUGAGUGUGAAGAAACAGGUGGAGCAAUUAUUAAAUCCGACCGUCUCAUCCAUAACCUACUACAGUCAGUAUUUCAAAGGAACCGAUCCAGCUCUGGCUGCAUUAGUUCAACGGGAACAUGUCAAUGUCCAGCAGGAGAUAUCGACCAUUAUCUUCUUGGAGAUAAGUGGCAGGAGUGGCUUCUCCAAGUCUGGCUAUAUUGACUUCGAAGCCAGUUUGCGUAAUUUCAGGUUCAAGGGGCCAAAUUCUGUGGACUGGAAAGCCGUUUUCGAGGAGAAAAAACUGCUUAGACCCCAACAAAGUGAUAUAGUCUUCUACGAUUGGCGAACCAGGAAAAUUUUUGCGAAUGACAAUGACAACUACACGGUGGUCUCCCAUCCAGAGCAUGGACUAAUGUUUACCCACAAGGGCGAUCAUAAAAACAUUCCGGUUACCAGUAAAAAGCAUCCCUUUAGCCACAAUGUAAGACGCUUUAUGAUCAAGUCUCCAAUCUAUGGAUAUAUGAUAUUGUAUGAUCAUCAUGUCCGCAAGAAGACUUAGGUUAGGUGGACAUAUACAUAAUAAACGCUUU